UGCAUUGUCGAAUUUCCUUUUUUUGCCAAGUUAAUGGUGAGAGGGAUCUUUUACAAAAAAUCUGAAACUUCAACAGCAGGAAUUAAAAGGAUGAAGUGGGAAAUUAGAACUUUGCUCUGGCUGACAUUUGCAAUGCUGUUAUGCACAGGAACAGAAAUUAAACUGAGACUUCAAACAAUGAUAAAGGACAUGAAGCUACAGAAGUAAUGUAUGUAAGAAACAUCGCUUUAAUCGUUUCUGUCAUCGUACCUUCCAUAACAGUUUUAAUACUUUGCUCUUGCUCUUCUAAUAAAGGGCAAUCCUUUCGAGAUACAAUCCGGCAGCACAAAGAUUACCUUCACAGAAAGACCGAGAAUCUAACAAUCACAGGAGAAAACAGAAGAAUUUGGAGAUUUCCACUGAGUGAAAGAUAUGCCAAAGUAACUAUUGUCCCUUCACUGGGUGAGCAGGAACAAACAGACAAUACACUGAAGACCAGGAGUACGCCAGGUGGACAAUUCUGGAGGAAAGCUGAGCAAAACCACCGGGAAGAAAUACCGUUAGAUAGGUUACUGAGAAAACAUUGUAAUCUGACAGGAGGCACUGGGACCGCUCUCAUCAUUGGACCGUCAGGUUUUGGAAAAAGUACCAUAAUACAGAAAAUAAUACAUGGCUGGGCAGCAGGUGAAAUGUACCGAGAGAUUGAUGUGAUCUUUCCAUUUAAAAUGCAGCAAUUGAAUUCCAUCGAUAGGAUAACCUGCUUAAAUGAACUGAUAUUAGAUUUCUUCCCCAAUUUCCCAAUGUCCUUACAGAUUCUGUGGAAGAAACCAGAGAAAAUCUUGUUCAUAUUCGAUGACUUGGAUCUUUUCCAGAAACCCAUUGAUUUCACCGAAAUGCCGAGUAACAAUGAUGAUGGAUCUCAGAGUUUCGGGCCUGAAAAUCUGUGUGAAAUAUCCCACAUUGUGUGCAGUCUUAUAAAAGGGCAGUUGCUGAAAGGCUGCUCAGUGUUGGGAACAAGUUCCCCAUGGAAGCUGCAGACUCUUGGGCAAGUCGAAACAAAUCAAGUUUUCGAUAUCCUGGGCUUCAGUGCAGAGACGAGGAAACAAUAUUCACAUCGCUGCUCUGUAGCUGCACAGCUUCCUUCAAAUAUUUUGGAUUAUAUUGAGCAGAAUGAGAUGUUAUGCACCAUGUUCCAUAAUCCUCGCUUCUGCUCGGUUCUGUUCAAUACUGGAAACCCAGCAGAAAGAAGGAGCCCAGAUACCAGGAUUCACAACCUGUACAAGGGUGUUCCUCACUUAUGUCACUUGCCUUUUGAAGAAAUGUUUAUAUGAAGAUGUUAUUGUUCAGGACAUGAUUAUGAAUUUGGGUCGUUUAGCCUACUGGGGAAUUUGCACAAAAACCAUUGUGUUUAAAAGAGGCCAAUUCAACCAGCACAAGCUCCUUAUGUUCAGUUGGGUCUCGGGAUUUACGAUGAAAAUUCAAGACAAUGAUGGUAUUGGCUACGUGUUCACUCACACCAUUUUGAAGGAUUUUGUCGCUGCCCUGUUUAAAUGUCAAAGUACACCAGCUGACCAAGUGAAAGAAUUACUUACUGAAUGGCACAACUGCACGGACGACAGGUUUAAAUUUGUUUCACGAUUUUUCAUUGGCCUCUCAUCACCAAAUUCAGUGAAACAGAUUGGGUUUUACUGGGAAGAAGUCCACUCUGAAACAGCUUCAAAUGUAUCAGACUGGCUGAAAGAAAAAUUCACCAGUUAUGUGCAGAACUUGGAAAGUGAGAAAACCAAAAAGGUCUCCUUGAAAUAUUGUAUUGUCUCUUUGAAUUUGGAGAUGCCACGCUCAUAAAAGAUGUCUUAACUCCAGUGAAGACAUUCCGAUUUACAAAAUGCCAUCUUCAAUCCUUUGACUAUAUGGUUUUAUCAAAAGCCUUAAUGAUGGUUCAGGAGAUUGAGGAACUGGAUCUAGACAAUUGUGGGAUAGGAAAUAAGGGCAUCCUCCAGCUGAAGUCAGUGUUACGGAAAUGUGAAGUACUCAGGUAAUGCAACAUAAUUAUUUAAUAACAUUAUGACAUCAUAAAGUGAUGGUGCAGACUUUUGGGGCAAUAUUUAUAAAUGGCAUCUGUUAGAUUACUUAAAGACAGGGUUUUGUAAUACUUUCAUGGAAUCAUGGUGGCCUGAAAUCAAUAAACACACCAAACCUUCGUUGUAAUACCACUUCGUGUAAUGAUCUGUUCGUAAACAGAUUUUAACAAUAACACAUUCAAAUCUUGUACACCCUUAACAACUCAUCUGAUUCAUUGAUUUAACCACUUCUUUCAGGCACAUUGAGCAUAGAAGAGUUCUAUAAGCUGACAAGAAGACAGUGUUCGGAAGAUGAGAAAAUGUGUUGCCAAGGUGUCCAAAUCUAUGGCCAAUUGCAGGGAAAUAGGAUGAGAAAAGAUAGGAGGUUUUCUGUGACAUAGUUUCAUCCACAAACAUUGUGAUUAAAAGAUAGCAUCCGAUGACAUGAAUAGACUCUAAUUGCUAUGCUGGAAAGUGUUGAACAAUCAAAGGAAUAUUGGAACAGGAGUAGGCCAUUCAAAGGCUGACUUGUGGCUUAACUCCAUUAUCCUAAUUCGGGCCCUUAAUCAUUAGUACAUUUGCUCAACAAAAAUUGAUCAAUCUCAGAUUUAAAAAUAACAACUGAUGUACCAUCCACUGCUAGUAGUGGAAGAUAGUUAUAAAUAUCUACCACCCUUUGCUUAUAGACAUCCUCCCUGACAACUCUCCCGAAUGUUCUGGCCCUAAUUCACAGAUUAUGUUUCUUGCUCUAGAGUUACCAAUUAGUGGAAUUUGUUUGUUCGAAUUCUUUUUUUCCUGAACUCCAAACACCAAACACUUUUGAAGAGAAUCCGGACGCAUAAUAAAAUUCCAUGAAGAAAUCCAACUUUAAACGUUUCUAAUACCGCAACCAAUCAAUAAGGAAUAUUUGCUAUUCACUCUUACCCUUCAGAUUGGGUUUCAACAUCAGCACCUUUGUGCAACUGUCUUUUUUGCAGCACAUUAUGCACAUCAAUUAUUGUAAAGUAUGGCAAAUACAGAUAUUUUCUAGUCAUCUCUUGGGGUCAGUAAUAUUCUUAAAUCAAAGUAAAUUAUUACAAGCCACAUGUUUAAAUAUAAAUUACAUGUUCUUCCUUCAUAUUCUGAAUCUCCUAACCACAAUAACAAAAUAUUUGAGAUCCUACUCAUUUUUACCAGUGAUAUUUUCUUAUUAUUCCUUACUAGUCUCAGCAUGAAUGAACUGAACGAUUUGGGAGUGCAAAGUCUCCCUGGCAUUCCAAAGGAAAAGCAUUGCAAAAUACAGACCAGACGUUGCUGACAGUAAUUCUGCAUAAAAUAUAAAACAACACAUUUUAAAAUCCAUUUUAGUCAUUAUCAGCUAAUAUGAUUUUUCCAUUUCUGUUAUUACUGGGCUUCUUGCUGAGAUAUUUGUAUCAUCGAUAGUCACAGGUGAGAUGCCGGAAGACUGGAGA